CUUUCAUUUCAGGCAGUUUGGAACAAGCAGAUUGUCACACCAACAGAUUCCAUCUAGCUGAAACAAUGUUUGCAGACUUGGACUAUGAUAUUGAAGAAGAUAAACUUGGGAUACCCACUGUUCCUGGGACAGUAACCUUGAGGAAGGACUCUCAGAAUCUGAUUGGGAUCAGCAUUGGGGGAGGAGCACAGUACUGCCCCUGUCUCUACAUUGUCCAGGUAUUUGAUAACACUCCAGCAGCCUUAGAUGGAACAGUGGCAGCAGGUGAUGAGAUCACGGGAGUGAAUGGGAAGUCUGUCAAAGGGAAGACCAAGGUGGAGGUGGCCAAGAUGAUACAGAUGGUAAAGGGAGAAGUGACGAUUCAUUACAACAAGCUCCAGGCUGAUCCAAAGCAGGGCAAGUCCUUGGAUAUUGUCUUGAAGAAAGUGAAGCACCGAUUGGUAGAGAACAUGAGCUCAGGGACAGCAGAUGCCCUGGGGUUAAGCCGAGCCAUACUUUGCAACGAUGGUUUGGUAAAGAGAUUGGAAGAGUUGGAAAGGACUGCAGAGUUGUACAAAGGCUUGACAGAACACACCAAGAGUCUUCUUAGAGCUUUCUUUGAACUGUCCCAGACACAUAGAGCCUUUGGAGAUGUUUUCUCUGUCAUUGGUGUACGGGAGCCGCAACCAGCUGCUAGUGAAGCCUUUGUGAAAUUUGCUGAUGCCCAUCGCAACAUUGAGAAGUUUGGGAUUCGCCUUCUGAAAACAAUUAAACCGAUGCUGACUGAUUUGAACACCUACCUAAAUAAAGCUAUUCCUGACACGAGAUUGACUAUCAAAAAGUACCUGGAUGUCAAGUUUGAAUAUUUGUCUUAUUGCCUGAAAGUCAAGGAGAUGGAUGAUGAAGAAUACAGCUCCAUUGCCUUGGGUGAGCCCCUCUACAGGGUGAGCACUGGGAAUUACGAAUACCGCCUUAUCCUGCGGUGCCGCCAGGAGGCCCGCACGCGCUUCGCCAAGAUGAGGAAGGAUGUGCUAGAGAAAAUUGAACUCCUGGACCAGAAACAUGUGCAGGACAUCGUGUUUCAGCUCCAACGUUUUGUUUCCACCAUGUCCAAGUACUAUGAUGACUGCUAUGUCGUGCUCCGAGAUGCGGAUGUCUUUCCUAUUGAGGUGGACCUUGCCCGCACUACCCUCAACUAUGGGCAGAAGGACGUGUACACAGAUGGGACAGAAGAAGAGGAGGAAGGAGGAGGUGGCAGUGAAGCAGACAGUAGCAGGAAAGAGGACACAAAUGGUGAAAAGCUGAUAGAUGAUGCCUGAAUGUGCCAGUAUGACUAGAGGACAACUCUUUGCAGACUGAUAUAAAAAACAUGUAUUUCACAUGGCGAAACUCAUCCUCCAUGACUUUCUGUGUAUAUCCAGCCUGGGAUUCCUCCGUUGCUUUGGGUGGGGUAGCUGGUUGGAUUGGGACCAGCCUUUGCUUUCCCCUCUCUUGCCUUGCCUGUUUGCCUGGAUGUUUCUUUUUCUCCUGCCACAGACUUCUGUUGCCCAACUUGGAUGCUGAGGUGUGGGGAGGAGAUUCUCCUACCCCAUCGCCAUGUGACUCCAUGUGCAGAUAGGACACUGCUGAGUGUGUGAGAUGCACCACUCCCCUUUGGCAAGUGGAAGCCAAUUAAAGAAAACUGGAGAGAGAUGGCUACAAAUGGCAAAGACAGCCCCCUCCUGUCCUCCCCUUAUGCUAUAGGAAAGUGUUAGCACCAGCAUUGUUUUCUUCUCCACAUUGCUGACUGCCCUGGAGAUUCCCAUUCUUUGGCCUGUAUUCAUUUUCCUCAGUCUUGUCCAUCUGUCCCCAUGGCAUCCAGGGCAGAUUCUUGUAGGAUGAUACUCCCACCACUCUCAGCUCUCUGAACAGCUGUUUAUA